UUUCUCUCUCUCUCUCUCUCUACACGGCCUUCUGUGUGUUUUCUCAUCUACCUCUCGUCCUUCCUUCUCAAAUCUCAAUCGACUCCGCCUGAGUCAGUCAGUCACUCGCCGGUAGACUCCACCGAUCCAAGGUGUGCAUUACAUCCUCGCGGAGACUGGCAGUUUUGGAUUUCAAUACAAAACUAGUCAGUUUCCGAACUGCCAGUCCCAUCUCUUCAUUUGGCACUCGCACCUGGCGGCGUCCCUACAACUUUGCCCCCGGUAGUCGCCCCACCAUUACAGGUGAAUUCGAUUUGGACACUGCUUCUCGCGGGGGCUUGUUUACAUUACUUGGAGUUCACUCUGGUAUAAACUUUUUUCCCCUAAACCCAAUUGGCGAUCUUGUUCCACCCAGGUUUGCUCCUUGAGGAAAAAUGGGAUCCUCAGAUUGUCAGCAUUCUGGAUCAGAGAGUUCUCCUUUCUUGUCCGACAAAUCGGCCAAGGUGUUCGUAGCUGGCCACCGCGGGCUAGUAGGCUCUGCCAUUGUUCGCAAGCUCCAGUCUCUGGGUUUCGCCAACCUUCUGCUCCGAACCCACUCUGAGCUUGAUCUCACUCGUCAGGCUGACGUGGAAUCAUUCUUUGCUGCUGAAAAGCCAGACUUUGUAAUCUUGGCAGCUGCCAAAGUUGGUGGUAUCCACGCCAAUAACACAUACCCUGCGGAUUUCAUAGCCAUCAACCUCCAAAUCCAGACCAACGUCAUCGACUCUGCUUACAAGCACGGUGUCAAGAAGCUCCUCUUCCUGGGCUCAUCCUGCAUCUACCCAAAACUGGCCCCUCAGCCUAUCCCGGAAGAUGCACUGCUCACGGGGCCUUUAGAGCCAACGAAUGAGUGGUACGCAGUGGCCAAGAUCGCUGGUAUCAAGAUGUGUCAGGGUUACCGGAUUCAGUACAGCUGGGAUGCAAUCUCUGGGAUGCCAACGAACUUGUACGGUCCCAACGACAACUUCCACCCGGAGAAUUCACACGUCUUGCCGGCACUGAUGAGGAGGUUUCACGAGGCGAAGGUGAAUGGGGACAAGGAAGUGGUGGUUUGGGGGACGGGGAGCCCUUUGAGGGAGUUUCUCCAUGUGGAUGAUUUGGCUGACGCGGUGGUGUUUAUGAUGGAGGAGUACAGUGGUUUAGAGCAUUUGAAUGUUGGGAGUGGGAAGGAAGUGACUAUUAAGGAGCUCGCGGAGUUGGUAAAGGAAGUUGUUGGGUUUGAAGGGGAACUCGUUUGGGACAGCUCGAAGCCAGAUGGAACUCCGAGGAAGUUGAUGGAUAGCUCCAAGCUGCUGGGAAUGGGUUGGAAGCCCAAGGUUUCGCUUAGGGAAGGGCUGGUUGAUACUUACAAGUGGUACACAGCCAAUGCAAUAACUAAGCAAUGAUGAGACUUGAGAGCUAAAAUUUGACAUCUUCUGUCCUGAGACUUGUUCCAGCAGUGUUGUCGGCCAUUUUAUGUUAAACAUGCUACAUUUGAGAUUUAUGUAAGAGUGGUUAUUGAGUUUGUGAAGAUGGGAUCAGUAAAAAGUCGGUGGUUCUAUUAGUGCUGUUGUAUCGUUCUAGAAAUCUUAUUGAUAACAAAAGGGUUGUCUCUUUUCGUUGAAUCUGUACUUGGUUCAUGAGGACAAUUGAUCAGCUGCUACAGUGAUGUCCAAGCAUGUUGGCUCAAAUCUGGUGUCUAUGUGGGCAUGGUGAGGUUGUACAUUUUGCACUGGUCACAUAGUAAAAUGAUAAUGCAGCAACACGAUGAGAUGCUACUUCUAGAUCUAGUGUCCAAAAUCCAAGUCAUUUAUAAACUUCGUAUUUGAUC